AUGGACAAUCUCACUCUUUUUAUGCUUAUUGGUUGGGGGGUAGCUCUCCUGGCUUCAAUGGUUAUAGAGGAGGAGCAGAUCGUCGAGCCGCAGCCAAUAAUAAAGCUUGAUAGGCACACAGUCGUCAUUCCUGCGCAUUCAUUUGCGCCCAAGUUUAUCUUCUUAGGAGAGCAGUGGUUGCCCGCCCCUACCGAGAGCCAUGCAAACGGGCAGCACCGGGUGUGCUUGGUGGAGAGAGCACGUUUCGGUAGGAGAGACAGCAGAAAAGGAGAGGCCUAUAGGGCCCAGGUGUAUAGGCAGGUGGCUGCCCACACACCCCAGUUCGAGAAGGUGCUGAUCAGCAGCAGAGAUACUGAAACCCUUUGCUGCACCAGCAGAGACACACAUCAUGUGCGCCUGCAGGCACGCGCCUUAGCAGAGAUGCUGCCUUGCCUCUCCUUGAGGACCAGUGCAACAGAAGUGCAGCAUCUGAGGUACAGUCUAGUGGAUUACACUUUACAAAGCCUGGAGAACAUCAACACGGAAAGGCUCAAGGAAAUCAUAGCGGACACUUGCAACCAGCCAAUGUAUCUCCUCCUCCGCAUCUAUGAAUGCACCCGCGUCCCAGAUCUUUCUCGCCCCUCAACGCCGACGGCGGCAGAUGCCUCUUUGGGGGCCCCUGGAAGCCCAUUCGCGGCACAUGAAGAGACUGAGGGGUGGACUGUGGUUUAUGAGGCACCCCCCAUCGAGUUAGGAGACAGGAGCAAAGUAGCGCCGGAGACCAUUAGGAUGCACGAGGGAGCACGCUUCUACUACAAGCAUCCAGUCACCCCUGUGCAGCCCAAACUGUUCGAGGAGAAGAAAGAGCUUAAUGCCGUGCUGCCGCCGCAAGGGAGAGCAGUUUUAGUAGAGACCCAAUGCAAUAACUCGGAACCCCAACUAGCAAGAGCCUGCUUCGAUGACGCAGCCGCCAAAGCCCUCAGAGCGGUGUCUGGGGGACCCCCUUUUGUCUCUUCUGUGGUGGACAUUGCGGCCAACACAGACCCACCAAAAGGGGUCUCCCGUCAGCCUCCUUGCUUCCCCUAUGAUCCACGGAGGCCCCCGAUCUUGGCAGGGUGUCCCUUGGAGACAGCUGAAGGCACUGCUGUUGCCUUAAGGCCUCCAGUCAAGACAGAGACCCUACCACCACGCCCAAGAGGCCUCAGCAGCCCCUGGAGUUCUCGAGAAGGAGCUCCUCAGCGUUCCCGUUCUGCAGAUGCGCCGUACAGCAAGGGCUCUCUUGGGGCCCCCACGGGAGGGUUCCUCAUGGGGGAGACGUUCCUGCCGUGCGGAGUUGGUUCUCCCACGGAGAGGGUGCGUGACGUCUAUCCGUGUCCUGCAGACUCGGCAUCAGGGCGUUUCAGGGUGCUGUGUUUGCGGCAGCAAGGACUGCUCUUCGAAAAUGAUGUUCUCUCUGUCUCCUGUGUCAUCGGGACAGCCAGCGUACCGAUCAACAGGACCUUGCACGCCUCAGUUGAACUGAGCAUCAUCUGUAAGAUGGCCCCUCUGGGUGACACCCGGGGGGGCUGUGAGGGGCUUCCGCAGAGUCCAGUAAGCGUGGGAGCCACCACUGGAUUCCACUGCGUGAGAAGCAGCAUCCGAAAUCUCGAGAAUGAGGCCCUGCAGUGCUCCGUGUCCCCCAUUGUGAGGGCCCCAGGGGGCGGCCCCAGGGGGCCCCCCAGAGUGAUCCAGACUGUUGUGGUGACAGUCUUGAAGCCAUUUUUGGUCGUUCCCGAGGUGGUGCUGGAGGUGGGGUUGCCGGACGGACGAGAGGACAGGAGUGUGUUCGCUCUUCCUGUUGUUCUGUCUCAGUUCGUCAAACCCUUGUCUUUGUCGCCUGCUGCAGCCCUGCAGCUGUGGUACGACACUUCGUUGCAUACCAGGUUGACAUCAGUCCGGCUGUCGCCAUCGGUCUCUUCCUGUGGACCCUCCUUCCUGGAGGAGAUUGUCUCCCUGGGCGGGAAAUUAUGUCUCAUUAAAGGCAUAAAACACCGCCUGGCAGACAGUGCUCUGAUUGCUGCAGGAGAGCUCGCAGCAAUAGGCGACAUGGAAUCAGACUGUAACUGCAUCGUCAGGUUCUGGAAGGGCCCCUCAGUCUCUGGAGCAACUGCAAAACUAGAAGUUAAAGCACAAGACCCAAGGGUGGUCGCAAGCCUUUAUGAGCUUCUUCUUUACCUCCUCGAAGACGCCGAAUAA